AUGCCUGAGGCUGAACAGACCACCGAUGGCGAUUACGAAUUCCUCGACGACUAUACUUUUGAAGCGGUUAAUUAUGAGAGAUAUAUGUCAUGGAAGAAAGGAGAUGGCCACGUAAUUUUGGGUAUAAGAAAACUUAAGGCAGAUUCAAAUGAGGAGAAUGGAAUUGUUCAUCCAGGAUGGAGCGUCAAGGUGAAAAAUGUGGAUUUCAAAUUGGUGAAAACUAUUACCUAUUGA